ACUGCUAGAGCUAGUUAGUUUAUGGUAAAGAAGCGAAGAACAUACAAGGUUUCAAGAAAUGGUGGCAGCAGUUGCUGUUUGCUUUCAGCAAUCUACCAUCUUGCAGAACCCCUGUCUGAGAAACCCAAAUUCCAGUUUUCUCGGUGGGUCCUUAAAGGGUCUUUGCUUACAGCUGAAACCCAGAAACAGGAGAAGAGAUGCCAUCAGUUUAGUGGUUGCUUCAGCAAGCCCUACCACCACACCCACAACCAAUGGUGGUGGCAGGUUUUAUUUCAACUUCACUGGCUUUCCUUUCCCUCUUGGUCCUUUUCUCAACAGGCGCACUAUCAGAACUGAGGCUGUGAAGGGCUGCAUAUGGCUAUUUGAACAAGAGCAAGCAUUAGGCUUUAGCAGUGUCUCAACAAACAUUCGAAUGACAGUCAUUAAACUCAAAUCAGGAGGAUUAUGGGUCCAUGCCCCGAUUGCUCCAACCGAGGAGUGUAUUCAGCUUGUGAAGGAGUUAGGAGCUCCAGUAGAAUACAUUGUUCUGCCUACUUUUGCUUACGAGCAUAAAAUAUUUGUUGGACCAUUUUCUAGAAAGUUCCCUCGAGCUCAGCUAUGGGUGGCCCCAAGGCAAUGGAGUUGGCCCUUGAAUUUGCCACUUGAGUUUUUUGGGAUUUUUCGCGCUAAAAUCUUGAAAGAUGAGGACUUGUCAACCCCAUGGGCUGCUGAGAUUGAACAUAAAAUUCUAAGCUCACCAGAAGUUGGAAUUGGGCCAUAUGUGGAGGUAGCAUUUUAUCAUAAGCGUUCAAGAACACUACUUGUAACAGAUGCCGUAAUUUUUGUACCAAGGCAGCCACCGGAGUGCAUAAGCAAAGAAUCCUUGUUAGCAUCCGCAAAGAAUGGUUUGGCUGUCAAAAUUCUUAGUAAAGGAAAGGAAGUUCCUGAGGAACCAGUUGUUGACAACAAGAAGAACCGUCAAAAGGGGUGGGAAAGAAUGGUUCUGCAAAUCUUGUUUCUUGGUCCAUCAAAUCUGCUGGAGCCUAAUGCUAGCUUUGCUCAAAUGUCUCAAAAGCUGAUUGUUUCACCCAUUGUAAAGACAUUGGUCUUCAGCAAAGUUCCUGAAAAGGUCAGGGAUUGGAUUGACAGUAUUGCACAGGACUGGAGGUUCAAGAGGAUAAUUCCUGCUCAUUUUUCUGCUCCAGUAAAUGCAAGCAGAUCUGACUUCUUAGCGGCAUUCGCAUUUCUUGAUGACCAGUUGGGUGAGCGAUACGGCACUUGGCCAUCACUCUCCCUUCUCCUCACAUCACUUAUGGGAAAGGCUGCCAGUUACUUCCCUCCAGAUGACAUGAAGACCUUAUCAUCUCUUGAUCAGUUUUUAGUCUCGGUGGGAGCGGUGAAGAAGACUGUCUCAGGCCGGAAACGAUGACUCAGCACGACAUGCAAUUUUGUUUGUGAAGAUUGCUCCUCUUAGAUUUACAAACAUUUGUACAUUUAGGUUAUAACAUGCUAUUUUACCAAAUGUCUGUUUCCUCAAAUUUGAUAUGAGAAAGGUAGUUCAAAUUCCCA